CCCUAGCCGUUUUCCCAAAUUUCCUCUGUCACUUCUCAUCACUCCGCCACCAUUCUCCACCUCUGCCGCCUCCAUGGCCGCCAUGGUUCCCAGGGAAAGAGUGGUUGCAGCUGUGAACGCUUUACAGAAAUGGAAGGAAGCCCAAUCCGCCUCCCAAAAGCCUCAACUCCUCCCUGAAGACGACUUCAUCUACCUCAACUUGACUCUCAAGAAAAUCCCACCAAAACCUCGCACGAACCCCUUCAAAAUCCCCCUACCAAAACCCCUAUUUGAUCCCGAUUCCGAGCUUUGUCUCAUAAUUGAUGAUAGGCCCAAGUCAAAUCUCACCUCGGAGGCUGCUAAAAAGAUUGUUAAAUCCCAGAAUCUGCCUGUUGCCAAAGUCCUUAAACUAUCCAAACUCAAGUCAAAUUAUAAACCCUUUGAGGCAAAAAGGAAACUUUGUGAUUCCUAUGAUCUUUUUUUGGUUGAUAGAAGGGUUGUUCAUUUGCUUCCUAAGUUGCUUGGCAAGUUUUUUUUCAAGAAGAAGAAAUUGCCUUUACCAUUGGAUUUGAGUCAUAAGAAUUGGAAAGAGCAAAUUGAGAGGGCUAUGGGAUGUGGGCUGUUGUAUAUGAGGACAGGAACUUGUUGUGUGAUGAAAGUUGGGAAGGUUUCAAUGGAGAAUGAGGAGAUAGUGGAAAAUGUAGUGCAAGGGAUUAAUGAGGUUGUUAAAGUUGUGCCUAAGAAAUGGGGUGGUGUAAGGAGUUUGCAUUUGAAGUUUUCAGACUCGUUGGCAUUGCCUGUUUAUCAGGCAUUGCCUGAUGUGAAGUUGAAGAUUGAUGGGGUGAAGAAGACUGAGGCUGUGAAUGACAGUGAAGGAGGCGUUGUGGAGGUGAAGGAGGAGAACAGUGGAGGUGAGGUGAUAAUGGGGAGGACGAAGAAGAAGAAAGGGAGGAUUCACGAGGUCCGGUAUAUGGAUGUUGGUGUAGGUGUAGGUGAAUUGGAGAGUGAGGAUGAUGAUGAUGAUGAGGGUAAACUAAAAAUGUUUGCAGCAGAGAAUGUGGAUAGUGACGGUGAAAGAGAUGGAGAUGAGGGGAAGAAGAGUGAUGAAGAGGCAGAUGAGAUUUUUGACAGUGAUGAUUCUGGGGUUAAGAAGAGAAAGAAGGGAAAAUCAGUGAAGGGGUUGCAGAAGAAAGCAGGAAAUAUCGAGAAGGUUGCCAAAAGUUACAGCGAAAAGAAAGAGAAGAAAAAGAGUAAACUUGAAUCAAGGUUGAGGGGAAGUUCAAUAUCUAAGAAAGCUAAGAGAAUCAAGAGUAGUGUUUGAGUAUAAUGUUCAAGUAAGCAACUGUUACCUAUCAGCCAGCAGUAGUAUUGAGCUCAAGGCAUUGGGAAGGAUUUCUUCUGAGUUCAAGGCAUUGCCAAAGAUUCCUGUAAAUCUGGCUUUGUCUACAGUUUUGGUUUAGAUUUGGUACUCACAAUCCGCUCUUAAUAUCAUUUGAGAUUGUCCUUUAUUUUAUUUAUGGGUCUUUGGAAUUACUGCUGUGCAGGCAAAUUUGCCAUUUUCUGCAGUUUAUUAGUUACAUACGACAUGUGGUUUUUGUCUAAAGUCUCAACUUUCUGAGGAUGGAUUUGCCAUUUUCUGCAGUUUAUUUCUUCUAUAUGGUUUUUGCCUAAAGUCCCAACUUUCUGAGGAUGAAUUUGCCAUUUAGUGAAGUUUAUUACUUCCAUAUGAUGUAUGGUUUUUC